AUGGCUGUCGGUUUCGGCGCAAGUUUCCCCUCGACCUCGACUGGUGUCGCAACGGUGGUUUCAAAGGGUGUCUGGUCGUCGGAAAUGGAGGUCACUACAGAAUUGGGAGGAAAGUUGACGGAAAAUACCACCACGACCCCCAUGCAAAUAGAUAAUCAAAUACAAGAAGCCCCGAGCUCUUCUCCUCCUCGUCGGAAACGCUUACUUCUCUCCACCGAGAGUGCUUUUGUCGACCACAUACUUCCAUCGCUGGUUCAGAAUCCCGAUAUCGAAAUACGCUUGAUCACGGACGAACCCUCCGCCCUUCUGUCGGGCGCAAGCAAGGUUCCUCAUUAUAUGGACACGGUGGAUAGUCAAACAUUCGAAAAGAAGACUGGGGCUCGGAAAUGGCUCAAGGCCAAGGCGGCGGAAUUGUGCGAGUGGGCUGAUAUGCUGCUGGUUGCGCCGAUAGAUGCGGGAGCGUUGGGGUCGAUGCUAUAUGGGCUGACCAACACUUUGACGUUGGCGCUCCUGCGGGGUUGGAUCUCGUCGAAGCCGGUGGUGCUGAUCCCUGGUAUGACGGUUUCAGAAUGGCACCAUCCACUGAGUAAAAGGCAACUUCGAGAGGUGGCAGAGUUCUGGCCAUGGAUAAGUGUGGUGUCACCGGUGCUGUGGGAAUCGGUCAGUCCGGAGGAGCUGGUUCAGUUACCAUGGGAAGGCUUAGAAGAACUACAUGAAGUUCUCGAACGAACUUUGGGUCUAUCGUUCUCUCAGGUCUCCACUAAGCCUGGCCAGCUUACAGAUUCUACAUACCCGACCGGCAUUUCGGAGCAGAUGCCUGGUGAUGCGGCGUCCACGAUAUCGCGACACCUCCUGCAUCGAAGCAAUAAAACGGAAAAUGGCCCGCGCUCACUACCCAUGGAGCUAUGGCUCAAUAUCUUCGAAGACCAAUUACAUGACUGGGAAAUCGCAAAAGCAGUCGGUAUUCCAACCAACCUGCCCGUGCCGAAGGAAUGGCAAAAUCACCUGUUAAAGAUGUCGACCCCAGCUUCCUUGGAAUACACCAUUCUCAGAGGAUCCUUCGCCGCAAUCAAAAAGCGCAUUGACAGCCUGCCGCGAUGGAAGCCCCUCUCUGACCUUGUAUGCCACCUCAUCUUCAAGUUCUCUCGAACCGAUAUCCUCUCCUACCUCACCGAAAACCAUCUCGAUUUACUCUGGACCACCUCCCGACUCACGAACCUGCCAUACCGCGCAUCCGCCAUCUACGGAAACCCCAACAUCCUCACAUGGUGGCGCGAUGCCCCGCCCUCCCCACCAAAGAAUACAUCGCCGAUGCAAUGGACGGAGCCUCCCGCGCCGGCUUUGUCAACUGCCGAAGGCCGAGUAGCCGUCCUCGCUUGGUGGAAAGCCGCCUCGGCCAAUGCACCCCCUUCCAACCCCAUCCCCCUCAAAGUCGGCAAAUCCGUCCUCCUUGCUGCCCAAUCCGGCCGUACCGCUUCCCUAGCCUGGUGGGACGCCUCUGGCAUCCCCUACACCCAUGGCGAAUCCGUUGCCCGCAUCGCCAGCACACACGGCCACGUCCACGUCCUCGACUUCUGGUACCGUCUGAAAGGCGCUAAGAUGAUCUUCGACAGCCAAGUUCUCGUCGGGCCCACCAAGAAUGGUCACGACAACGUCCUAGAAUGGUGGCGUCGCAGCGGACUCCGCGUCGAGUUCAAAACCUGCGACAUCGAAGAAGCUCUCGAAGACGCGGACCCAGUCUCUGGUGCUGAAGAACGUGUUCGCAAAUGGUGGGCCCGGAACGGGCUCAACCUGGGUGUUGGAACGAGUGAGUGGAUGAAGACGAAAGUGUUGUAAUUGAUAAGGUUUUUUUUUUUUUAAUCUCUGACUUGUUAAGAUACCUCUUUUUUCUUUCUCCUUCUUGCUCUUUACUUUUUUGUCCAUUCACACAAACAUCAUCGAAAGUUUACUUCUAAUACCCCGUUCUUGUUUUCGUUUCUUCUCCGCUGGCGUCAUUUCUACCCAUUCCAUCGUCCUUCUGUCCAUACUUAUUUUUCUAUUACUUUGCAUGGAGGGCCUGGUGGGCUGGUAUAUAUUAUCGCAUUGCAUGCAUGCUAUCGUGCAUGGGGAAGAAAUAUGAAACUCGGUAUUUAGCGUUGGUUUGAUUGUUGUACCUUUUUGUAGGUUAGGGUAAAAGGCAACUCUUUUCUCUAUUUUUUUACUUUCAAUCUUUCGUUCAAGUAGUACGAGAUUUGGGCCUGUUAAAAAUCUAAAUUUCACUAACACAUCUCACGAUAAUGUGGCCCAAUGUCUGUUGGAAAUAUAGAUAUGUGGAAAGU